AUUCUUAUUAUAAAAAUAACAAUAACGCUCGUUUGUAAAGUAAAAUUAUAUUUGAUUAAACAUCGACACGAAACGCUACUGCCUCACGUAUAUACAUAUAUUAGAUAGCUACACGGUAAGGGUGUAAUCGAAAAAAAAUCAUCACCACAUUAUUACACCGAUUAAUUGGUAUAUAUCUUGGUUUUCUUUGGUGAGAAUUACUAAUUUUUCUUCUCGUUAUUAUUCUCAAAAUUACAAACACACACAGACACACACACAGACACCUAAGUACAACAAUAUAACGAUCACUGUCUCUUCGAAUCGAAAAAUCGAAAAGAAAAGAACACAAUUCAUCAGUAAAUCUGGAAAGUAUUCGUGACGUAUGAUGCGAGCUUGAAUCGCGAUGAUAAAUCUAUAAUUAUUACACGCAUCGGUUGCAAUAAAUAUUAUAUAUAUACGAUACAGUUGAAUAAUAUAAUAAUAACAAUAUAAAUAGUAUAUAUAUAUUAAUAGUAUAACGAUUGAACGUGUGCGGUUGAAAGUUAUCGCGGAUGAAAUAAGACAAAAAAGAAAAUAUAAGAAUAACACAAGAAUAAGUAUAUAAACGGAAUAUAAUACAAGUGAUAAAUAUUGCUGGUAAAAUAACAACUGGAUAUAUUGAUUAUAAUAUGUAUAAUCGAAGUAGCUAAGGUAUCGAGAUAAAAAGAAUACUCGUUGAUAGUAUCGAUAAAUCCCGCGUCCGAUUGCUGGCCAUAAACGAUAUAGAGGACACAGAUAGUCGGGGGGUCUGCAAGAUGGCGCGAGCUUAACGAGACCGGAAACGGCUAGUUAGAGGGUAGCAAGUGUCGCGCGAGUCUGAGCGAGUCUGAACCGCCUCCCUCCCUCCCACUCGAGAGCUACUCGGAGGCGAGUCGUAGAGUCGUCGGCGGUCCCAAAUGUCGCGGGAUCCCUACUCCGGCGGGAGCGGCGUUGUCGGACCUGGAGGGGGUACGCGGUCGCCUCGAAGCGGUCGGAGGAUCGGUGAGCUACCGACGGUCGACCGAAGUCCGUCGCGAAACUACGCGAGCGGUCGGGGCAGCCCGUUGGGUCGAAAACGGGGCACACGAAGCGGCAACAACUCGCCGGAGCACCUGGGCUACGGUAGCUACCACCACCAUCAGCUUGGGAGUCCGUAUUACUCGCGAGACGAGGAUCUCGGCAGCCCCGUGAUGCUGGAGGAACGGGGUCGGAGCAUGUCGACGGGGGGCGGGGGGCAUCAUAGAUCGAGAAGCGCUUCGCGACCCGCGAUGUCCGCCUCGGCCGGUAUGUCAGCGAGGUACACUAGCCUCGAUCGCGCCUCAGCCGGUAUCCUCGAUCACGACAGAGAGUUCGUGCCGAUCCGCGAACCACGCGAAAGGAGCCGCGAACGCGGCCUGUAUCUCGAUGAUGAGAUAUACGGGUCCCGGUCCGCACGUCAGAGUCCCAAUCCUCACCUCAUGCGCGACGGUGGCAGCUACAUUGGCGAGCUUCAACACCAGAAUAACGACCUGCAGAGAGAGCUUGGGAACCUUAAGAAGGAACUUGAGCUCACUAAUCAGAAACUCGGCAGCUCUAUGCACAGCAUUAAAACAUUCUGGAGCCCCGAACUCAAGAAGGAACGCGCCCUCAGGAAAGAGGAGAGCACCAAGUACAGUCUCAUCAACGAACAGCUCAAGCUACUCAACUCCGAGAAUCAGAAACAAAGUAUGAUGGUUCGACAACUCGAGGAGGAACUUCGAUUAAGGAUGCGAGGACCCAGCGUUGAGAUGCAGCAGCAGAUGGAGGUUCUCUUCAAUGAAAACGAGCAUCUGACUCGUGAAAUAGUAAUACUUCGCGACACGAUUAAGGAGCUUGAAUUGAGGAUAGAAACUCAGAAGCAAACCCUCCAGGCGAGAGACGAAAGUAUUAAAAAGCUCCUGGAGAUGCUUCAGAACAAAGGAAUGGGUGGUAAGAUGAUAGCGACCCUCGCAGGAAUAUCGCCCACAUCCGCCUUUUCGUCACUCACCCCGACAUCUCAACAAAACCAAAAAUUGCCACCCAGAGAACUGCGAGCCCAGUCCCUUCCACGGAGGACUGACCAGGAGCUCAAAGCGACGAACGAGACGCUGAAGAGCCUCCAGACCCAGCUGGAACUCGCCUAUGCCAGCACAGCGUCUUCGGGAGCGCCGGUAGCUGGUGGCGCAGGAUCGGGGGUAACAACCCUCGGCGGAAGCGUCGCUGUCCCAGGCGGUGUUCCGGGGAGCACGACCUUGACAGCGAUCCUGGAGACGAAGGACGCGCGGAUUCAGACCCUGGAGAAGGAGGUCGGGCUCCUGGAGGCGGAGCUGCAGCGGAUCAGGGAGUGCGGUGGAAAACUGAGGGAGCAGCUUCUAAGGGCGACGGCGGUGCCCUCGUCCCAUCAUCCCUCGGGCGUUUUGCACCAGGUCAACCUCCAGGGAUCGAACGCCGUAAACUCCUCCGCGUCAGCUUCCGCCUUUGGCUUCAACCAUUCGACCCUUGUCAAGGGCGGCCAGCAGCCAUCCGCGAACAACAACUCCUCGAGCCUAGCGAACUCCUUCCUCGCCAAUUCCGCUGGUCUUGGAUCUUGUCUAGCCGGAAUUUCCGCCGGCGUUACUACCGGCGUUUCUAAUCCGUACACCGAGCGCUACAACCAUGGAUCGGAGAACCCGAAGCAUCAGUCGUACCACCUUAGCCAUCAACAUCAGCAUCAGCAUCAUCAUCAUAAGCAAAUCGAGUCAUCAUCAGCAGCUGCUGCCGCCGGCGCCCUUGCACUUCAUGCUCACACCUUUAACAAACACGACAUGAACUUCAAACGACAACUGGACGAGUUUCGGGCAGAAGUACAACGCAGGGAUCAGGAAAUUUUGGGCAUGUCAGCGAAGAUGAAAACCCUCGAGGAACAGCAUCAGGACUAUCAAAGGCACAUUGCUGUUCUAAAGGAGUCCUUGUGCGCCAAGGAAGAACACUACAACAUGCUCCAGGCUGACGUCGAAGAAAUGCGGCAGAGGCUCGAGGAGAAGAAUCGACUUAUUGAGAAAAAGACACAGGCUGCUAUGCAGGCUCAGCAGGAUCGCAAUCGAAUGAACACCGAACUCACUGAGAUCAAGGAUCACAUGGACAUCAAGGAUCGAAAGAUAAACGUCCUCCAGCGAAAAAUUGAAAAUCUCGAGGACCUUCUCAAAGAGAAGGAUAAUCAAGUAGACAUGGCUCGGGCUCGGUUGACCGCUAUGCAAGCACAUCACUGCAGCAGCGAAGGAGCCUUGAGCAGUUUGGAGGAAGCUAUCGGCGAUAAAGAGAAACAAAUGGCUCAAUUACGCGAGCAGAGGGAUCGAGCCGAACAGGAGAAACAGGAAGAGCGAGAACUCCAUGAAAGAGAACUCGCCGAGUACAAAAUGAAACUUCAUGCCCUGGAGUCUGAGGUUGAAAAACUUGGCGCCCGUUUGGAACGAGCUCAAGCCGAGAAAGAUCGCCUGGAAGCAAAGCUGGAAAGUUCACAGUCAGAAUUAGGCAAAAGUAAAGCUGAGCUUGACAAAGCAGCCUCAGAGGUUGGCCGCAGUGGUGCUGACUGGGAGGCUGCUAAACAACGGUUGACUCGCCUUGAAUUAGAGAAUGAAAGGUUGAGACACGACUUGGAAAGAUCCCAAACUACGUUUGGCAGAAGUACGUUGAACUCGUCUCAGGAGAUGGACAGAAUUCAAGAACGUGCCGAGAAAUCGACAGCAGACUUGAGGAGAGCACAGGCUGAGCUCAGGGUUACUCAAGCGGACAAUGAAAGAGCCAGAGCUGAAGCAACUGCUCUACAAGAAAAGGUUGAAAAAAGUCAAGGUGAAGUUUAUCGCUUGAAAGCUCGCCUAGAAAAUGCACAAGGAGAGCAAGAGAGCUUGCGCGAGGAAUACGACCGAGCUCAAGCCUCCGUGGCACGUCUUCACUCUGAACGUGACAAAGCCGUUGGUGAGCUUGAAAAAGUUAGAGAAGAAUUGGAACGCACUCAGGCAACUUUGGGCAAAGCUCAAUUACAGCAAGAUAAAUUACAAAACUUGCUGGACAAGGCUCAAAGUGAAGUUGACAAACUUCAGGAGAGAUUGGAGAAAUCUCAGGGAGAAGUACGCAGAAUGCAACUUGAAAAAGAGAAGCAAAACUACGACUUUGAGAACGUUCAAAGUCAAUUGGAUAAAGCACUUGGUCAAUCGACUAGAAUGCAAAAAGAACGUGAAGCAAUUCAACUUGAGGUCGAUCGUCUUCAUGACAAAUAUGAGAAGGCACAGUUGGUUAUGCAACGUCUGCAGAAAGAACGAGAUAACUUCCAAGAAGAGAUGGAAAAGUUACAUGAAAGAUUAGAAUUCCAACAAAGUCAACAAGUAAAACUGCAACGCGAGAAAGAAAAUGUUAUGUCCGAACUUGACUUGAUCAAGGAGCGAUGGGAGAAGGUGCACACCUUACAUCAAAAACUUACCCUUGAAAGAGACGACGCAUUAACGGAAAUUGACAUUCUUAAAGACAAAUUGGAAAAAACUCAAUACGGAGCUAGCAAAGCUUACGAGGAAAGAGAAAAUGCCAGUAAAGAAUUUGAAAAAAUGCGUGAAAAAUAUGACAGGGCACAAAGCGAGGUAUAUCGUUUGCAGAAUAAGAUCGAUGUAAUGGAGGCUGACAAAGAUCACUUGGAAUUAGAAGUAGAAAAGCUGCAAACAUUGGCCACGAAAGGACGUGAGGAAGCUCGUAAAGCGCAGGAGGAAUUGGCCCGUGUCCAGGAAAUGUACGAUCGAGCAGCUCUUCAAUUGGGCCGCACUAAGGAACACGAAGAAAAGUCCAAGGAGGACUUGGACAGACUAACAGUAGAUCUAGAGAUGGUUCGUGAGAGAUAUGAAAAGUCUCAAAUCGAAUUGAGGCGUCACCAAAACGAGCGAGAAAAGUUAGUUGCGGAUAACGAGAGGGUGUCCUUCGAACUAGAGAGAGCUCAUUCUCAGCUGAGCAAAGCACAAGCUGCUACUGAAAAAACGCAAGAGGAGUUGGCCAGGAUGCAGCUUGAGAUUGAAAAGAUGUAUGAGAAACACGACAGGCAACAAGCCGAAGUUAGGAAAGCUCAAGCUGAAGCGGAGAGGCUGCGCGGCGAGGCUGAAGCUGCUAGGGAGGAAUCAGAAAGGUAUGCAGCAAGGUUUGGUAAAUAUCAAGAGAGCCAAGAGCGACAGAAAGAAGAUCAUGAACGGGCAAAACUGGAGGUUGAGAGGCUGAGGGAUCGUUUGGACAAGGCGCUACUCGAGCUGGAGAGGGCACGAAAGGCUGAGCAGGACGCUUCGAGGCUUCGUGCGGACUUGGAGCGUGCCGAAGGUGUACGAGGUAAAUACCAGUUCGAGCAGGAAAAAUGGCAAAGUGAAGGUAGUAGGCUGCAACAGGACGUAGAGAAAUUGCGCGAAAGACUAGAAGCUCGAGAGGCUGAACUAAAGAGGUCGCAGUCAGUUGUCGAGCAGUUGGAAGCUAAACUCCACGAGACGCAACUACAAUUGGAACGUGCCAGAGAGGAAGCGACCAAGGUAACAGCGGCCCAGGAAAAGAAUCGAGCCGAGAUGGAGCGAGCUAAAAUUGAGACUGAAAAAAUACGUGACAGGCAUGAUAAGCUCAAAGCCAAGGCCGACGCUCUAGAGGCGGACAAUGAAAAACUGCGAGUAGAAAUUGUCAGAUUAGAAAGACUCAUGCAGACCGAAGGUAAAACGAGAUCGGAGAGUGCUAGUAUAGAAGUAGAACGACUCCGAGCAAGCUUGGACAAAGCGAUUAUCGCUCGAGAUCAAGUCGAACUUGAAGCUGGCAGGCUGGCGAAGGAGCUAGAAAAGUCCCAAAUGCUCUUAGCCAAGUACCAGGAGAACAAUGAGGCAAGUAAAAAGGAAUUAGACAGAUUGGGUGCGGAGCUAACACGAUUACACGAAGAGAGAGAAGCUCUGAGGCAAGAACUCCGCAGAGGACAACAUCAGCAGCAACAGGCUGGCACUGAAGAGUUGGCGAGAAUACAACAUGAACUGCAACAGGUUCAAAGAGAUCGAGACAAGAUGGCAGCGAUUUUGGAGAAUAGAGAAAAGCAUUCCGAGAAGAUAGAGAAAAUCAAGGAAAAGUUGGAAGCGGAGGCCAAACAGUUGCAAGUAGAAAGAGAUCAGCUGGUCAUUCAACUGGAAAAAUCUCAAGAUAUGCUAAUGAAUUUCCAGCAAGAAUUGAACACCAGCGAAGCUGAACUCACUGAACUUAGGAGGCUGCAUCAGCUGCAACAGCAAAGAGCUCACUCCCAAACUCCAGACAAAGCUACCAAAGAAGCUCUGGAAGCUCAAAUGCGGGAGGUCCAACGGCUUACGCAACAAGUUCAAAACUUGAAUCAAGCACAAGCCAAGGAAAAACAACGCGCCGAACAAGCUGAAAAGCGAGCUCAAGAAUUACAGAAACAACUAGGUGCCAGAGGAGGCGAGUCUGAGGCACAGCUGGAACAGUGGCGCAAAUUGGUCGAUACUGAGAAACACAGAGCGGAUAAUGCGGAAAGGACGGCGUCGGAAUUACAGAAACGUGUUCAAGCUAUGGAAAGGCAGCUUCACGCUCAGCAACAACAGAUACAACAAAUGCAAGCCAACUUGCAACAAGCCUCUGUGGUGCAAGCGCAGACGGCGCAACAGCAUCAACAAAAUCAGCAGUCCGUUCAGGAAGCUGAUCGGCUCCGGAAGGAACUCGAACGUGCUAAGGAAGAAGUGAAACAAGCUAGCGUUGAACGGGAACGGUUCCAGGCUCAACUGGAGAUGCUUUGUCAGGAGCUGGAACAAAACCAGGUGGAUUUGCACGAGGCGAACAAGAAGCUUCAAGCUGGCGCUACGAAAGCUGGCGCCGACUUUAAUCAGGAACGAAAACAAUUGGAUGAACAGAGGCGACAGGUAGAAGAGCAAAGGAAGCAACUAGAAGAUCGUAUCAAAGCCAUAGACCAGAAGAGUAGAAGCGUAGAAGAAAAGGAGAAGGCACUUCAAAAUCUCGACCAAGACCUUAAAAAGCGUAAAGCAAGAAUGGACCAACUGGAACAACAAUUGCAAAGGAGCGGUGGGUCUCCGGACAAACGAAUGGCGGAAUUACAGAAAAUGCUUGAAAAAGCUGAGAAAGAUUUGGAGAAAGCUAAGGAAGAUUCUGGACGUAGUGCAACUGAAAUGGAAAGGUUGUUACAACUAGUUCAAAUGUCCCAAGAAGAGCAAAAUUCCAAAGAAAAGCAGAUAAGGGAACUGCAAGAAGCACUAAGAGUCGCACAAGCAAAAGCAAAACAAGCUGCAAGUGCACAGCAACAAGAGUCGUCGAUUCAUUACACAAACCAAGAGGAGACAACAUACUGGAAGCAAGACAUUGAUGAGAAAAAUCAUCGAAUAAUGGAAUUGGAGAGUGAAGUAAUAGAAUUGGAAAAUUUCUUAAAAGAUCACUCUGACACCAGCGGCAUAGAAGAGUUAAGACUACAGAUUGAUCACAGAAACAGUCGUAUAGAAGAAUUAGAAGAAACUAUCACUGAAUUCGAAGAUUUCCUGAAGCACAAUCCGGAUGUUAAAGACCUUCACGAUUUAAAAACGGAUUUGAAUGCGAAGAAUAGGAAGAUACAAGAACUCGAAAAUCGUAUACAAAAAAACGAAGACAAAGACUUGAGAAUAAAUAAGGCCAGAAUAAUGGAACUGGAAGAAACGGUAACACAUUUAGAAGACUAUGUGAAGCAACAUAAUGUCGAUGUAUUAAAACAAAAACUGAAGGACCGAGAAGAUAGAAUAGAACAAUUGCAACUGACUAUUAACUCUCUAGAAAAGCAGCUUCUGUGUUCUGAAGAACGAAAUGACAGCGGCGAGGCUUACAAAAAGCGAUUGGAAGCCAGAGAUAAUAAGAUAACAGAAUUGGAAAGUGAAAUGCAAGUGAAAUUUGAAAGCAAAUUGGACGAAAAGAAGUCGCUGCUUUCUGAGGGUCCUAAUAUGUGUCAUAAAUGUGAUGGUUUUUCGGAAAUGGAGCGACGAGUGAGAGAAUUGGAACACCUGAUAUCUUCGAAGGACGAUAAUAUACAGGAAUACGAGGAUGAAAUAGCACAGUGGCAAGAUAAACUUUCUAGGCUUCAGAAACAAAUGGUUGAACUUGAAAAAGAACUCGGUGAGUACGAAGCUGAAGACAUUGGAGUGUUAAAAGAAGAAAUCAAAGUACGAGAUGAAAGAAUCGGGCAAUUGGAAGAUGAGAUUGAUUCUUUAGAACGAGCGUUUGCUGAGCAAAUGGAACUGGAGCAGAUCGAAGAAUUAGUCAACGUUGUUAGGCAGAAAGAAGAAAACGAAAAAGAACUGAACAAUCUUGUAAAGACAAAAGAAGAUAAGAUCGAAGAAUUAGCCACAGCACUUCGAGAAAGCAUUGUUAUCGCCAGUGACGGGGAGAAGAAGUUGAAGCAGGAAGAACUGCAAAAACGCAAUUGCAUACAACGAAUUGAAAAACUUGAGCAGAGGAUCGCCUCACUUCAGACAUCAUUUGCCGUAAAAUGUCCUACUUGCAAGCCACUUCUGUCCAGGUUGCAGAAAUCGGAAAAAAUACUAUGCAGUCUGACAGAGGAAAGGAUGACGCAACUAGAAGAGCUGCAUAAUAUGAAACGAGAAGCAUUGGAAGCUGCGGUUUCAGAAAAAGAUGCUCACUUGGCUCUGCUCGAAUUGUCUGGUAUAAAAACAGAAAAGCAAGCAGAACAGGUGGACAAAUUGAAAGCGGACAGAACAAGAUUGUUGGAAAAACUGAAGGAAGAGAACGAACGGAGCAUAGCGCUAUCGAUUGAAUCGUCAAGUCCAGAGAUGACGCCUUUCCUAACGGAUAUUCUUAAUCCAUCAGAUAGUGAAGACAAUAGUCAAAAUGAACCAGACAAUGUUGUAGGAAAUUUACAAGCGACAACGAAUGGAAAUUCAAAUCAUCACAGAAUCGAGGUAGAGCAGGCUCAGGCAAAGACUACUCUUAAAUGACAUACAACAGAUAAGUACCACCCGUGUACUGUUUCUCUAACGUUCCUUUGAUGUUGUCAUGUGCACAGUUCUAGAACAAUCUAGCGUAGAAACUUUUACUUCUAUGUGUCAUCAUGCAAUAUUAUUAUCAUAAACAUCAACAUCUACAUCUACAUCUACAUCUACAUCUGCAUUCUUCACCUCAUCAAUCACAUCACUGCCAGCCAUCUUCAUCUCCAUAUCAUCACGGACGAGAACCCAAGAAACUGACGGAUUUAAACAAAUUGAAAUAAUAUAAACUCCUAGUACGUUAAUAUGAAAUUUUAAUAAGAUGCACUGAAAUUUGAAACAUUUAAGAUACACAAUAGUGUCAGACAUGUGCUAAGUGUUUUUCGAAAAAAAGAUAAGAAAAAAGAACAGAAAUAACUGCCAAAACCUAUCCAUGACAAUGAAGAUAUUAAAAUCACGUGUCAAUAUUACGUUGCAGUAAAAUACUGUUAAAUAACAAAACAUAAAAGACUGUAACGUCACGUCAACGUAAGCAAGCGCGUUUUAAAAAUUAUUAAGAGACAAUUAACCAGUAAAAACUGUCAUCAAUAACGAGUGAUUCGCCUCCUUGCAAGUCUCACCCAACGUAAGCUGUAUUUUUUUUGUACGCCAUUGAUAAAUCUGUUGUUUAAAUUUUAAUUUUUUAUAAUUUUUUACUUAACUCACAGAAAUAAGACCUCAGGCAAAAUAAUAAUACUUCGAUCGCAUUGAUGGAAAUAUUAUUAUUGUUAUUCAUAACGCCCUACAUAAAUCAGUAUUGAUUACUUCAAAGAAGUAGACAUAUAUUUUUUUUUAACUUUCUACAAUGAAAAUCAGCAUAAAGACCAUUGUUUCGAUCUAGUCAUGAAACCAAUAUUAUAGUGUAAGAGGUCCCUGUUCUCGAGGGUCGUGCUUUGCAUCAAAUGCACAAAUUAGUUCUUAAUGCAAAGAGUAUUUGAUUAAUAUAAAUUUUUUAUUUGUUAUCUGUAAUGAAAAAGAAAAAAAAAAAUAUUAACGUCAAGCCAAUUAUAUGCGCAACAUAUAAUAAAAAAUCCAUUGUAUUAUACUUCAUAGGUCAAUAAGAUCUAUAUCAAUUAUUAAGAAUGUUAGCUUCUUCCUUCAGACUUAAUUUAGGUAAUAAUAAUCCUGAUAGUUAAUUGAUGUUAUAAAUUAAGAAGGAAUGAUUCAGUACUCGCUUACAGGCAACUCUUCUAACUCGAACAACCUCAGUAUGCUUGUCAGGUUACAUUUGUUUCCUAUUAGAAAGUUUGUUUCCAAUAUUUAAGAAUUUAAUACUAUUUCACGGACUUUCAGCAAUCAAUAUCUACUAAAAGAAUUACACUCACGUUUUUUUUUAUCAUAAAAUGAUCAUAGUGAAUCCAAACACAAAACUGUUUUGCAUCGUGAAAAGAAUUUUCACUUAGCUUCCCUGUAAUAACAAAAUUCAGUUAUGGUUGGAUCUUGAUAUUCAAUCACUCUUUUUACACUUGUUUUUAUUUUUUUUAUGCUCGUAGGUAAUUGUUUAGGACUAUGUUAACAUUGUAAUAUUGGUUUGGAUGUAUUGAGAUGAAAAGAACUCAAUACAUAGAAUAAAUGACGUUUGAGUACAUAAUUUAUUUGACAAAGUGAAUAAAUUCUUCUUAAUUUAAGCCGUCUGUUAUCAAAAAUCACCUGCAAUCAGCGUGACACCAAUCAGCUCAUUUUACUUCGUGUAUACGCAGAAUGAGGAAGAAAUUUUUAUUUUAAAAAGCCAGUUGACAUUUUUUUUCUUUAGAUUUCUUAUCUUGGGUCCAAAAGUCCUUCAACAUUAUGUAAUAUUACGACAUAAAAUAUGUACCCUAAAUACGAUAUAAGCAAUAUUCUUUAAUUAUUAUGGAGCACCACAAGAAAGAUUUGAAGUUGAACAAACAGAAAAAAAAUUUAAGAAUGAAGUAGACUAAAAUAUAAGGAGGAAACAAGAAGAAUUGAAAUCGGACGAAGGUGCUGAAUCGUUUUAAGAUGACAAUAAUAACUGUUCGUAUGCAUCUGACAAACCUAUUAAAUGCUCGGGUAAUAAACGAAAGAGUGUUGAAGCAGUGAUCAACUAUCGCCAGGUGAAAAUUAUCAAUGAUCAUAAGAAAAUGGUGAAGACAAAGGUAUGAGAAUUUUUCUCCAAAGUGUAAGAAACCAUUUGAUAAACCAAGUUAUUCCGUUAUACUGCAUAAUGUCGCAGAACUUGAUUCAAAGAUUAUUCUGAAGAACAGAGGAAUUACCCGAGGCGCUAUACUGUUGUAAAUAAUUCUUCUGUCCCAAAAUAUUUCAAUGCCUACAAAGAUCUCGUGGAUCUUUGCGACUACUACUACAAUCUUGGAAGUCCUAUUCUAAACACUUAGCUUAGUAUAGGUAAUUAUAAUCAAUAAUGUUAACGAAUAUAAAAUUUUACGUAGUAAAAGUACAGACGCAACAUAAAUUGAAAGAUCACAUCAAAACAGCAGUAUGUGCACUUUAGUAAUCCAUAUUAAAUCACAAGCAAAAUAUUACAUCAGUUGUGUCACUCAUUCAAAAUAAUUAUUAUAGAGAUGACGAUUGAAAUGUUGUUAGAAAAAUUAAAGACAGUUUAAACCAUGUUGCAGUUAGAAUAUAUUUAGAAAAAAAGUUUUUUCUCCACCUAACUACUAUCUUUUCCAUGCUCACAAUAUACAUAACUUACCGCAAACAGAUGAACAUAUGAAGUUUUAAAAUAUUGAUAGCAAGAGAUGUGAAAACAACGUGUUCACUCUACGUUUAAUUGCCAAACAUGUGUUAUAUGUAAAUUUGAUGCAUACAAUGAGAAACGAAACGAACCUUUGAAGAAAACUAUUCAUCGUAGUAGCAGUAUUUAUAAUAAUGAAUUAUAACUGCUCUCAUCAACGAGCAGAAUUUUGUGUAAGCAAUGUAAAUGUUGGUAGGUGCAUUUCAGUUCAGAAACUGUUGUAAUUUUCAUUAAUAUAUCAUACUGCAAUAUAUCGUUCAUGGCAUAUUCUUAAUCGUUUGACAAAAUUGAAUAUGUGCUUUGCAAAUCGCAGUCCAUCGAAUCCGAAUAUCGUUUCAAACAUACUUAUCGGUAAAAAAUGUGAAAACAUUGUUUUAUAUAUUUUAGUGGGAAUUUUCAUUAAUUUUUUUAAUCAGGGAUCUACUCGAGUCAUUCUAGGUGAAAAAUUGGGAACAUUUAAAAACUCCCUAUUCAUUAAUUUCCAUGAAAUGUUAAACAGCAAGCAAUAUGUGUUCGAUAUAUUAAUCUCCUACGAAGAAAUUUCUUAGUUUUCAGAGGAUCAAUCUUGCUACGAUUCAAUUUGAGAUUAUGCCACAAACUUUAUUUGUCGGUGACAGCAGGUUUAUGGGGAUUUACCGUAUUAUAAUCUUGCCUUGAUUGUCACGUCAGUAUACAAAUAUAUAUUAUAUAUAUAUACGUAUAUAUAGCUAUAGCCAGAAAAUAAAAGAAAAAGUUGAGAAAAAUUUGAACCAUAAUCUAUUAUACGCGUAAAAAAGAUAUUAAACAUUUAUUAUAGUAAGACGUUGUAUAAAAUUUAGUCUAUGUGCCAUCAUAUCAAGCCUAUACCUAUAUCAUCAUGUUACAUCAUAAUUAAACCGUAAUAAAAUUUAUCAUUAAAUAAUCUAUACGCUAAUGUAUCUAUAAUUAAUUAAGCAUGACUGUUGAUCAUGUGUUCAUUACAUUCUGCCUUUUGAUCAUUUAAUAUAAAGAAAAUAUGUACCUAAAAAGUAAUACAAAUAACAAAAAAAUACUUAAGAGUUUUGAAAUUGAUUUUGUCGAACUGAAAAAAAAAAUGAAACUGAAGUACCAAUUUCAAAUAAUUAUACCUAUACUCGAGGAAAUUCUAUAAUCUGCUUAAUAAGCAGCAGGAGUUUGCCUCAGAUUGAGUCUAAAAAUUUGCACUGAAACGAUUAGGCAAAUAAGUCCGUGUAACAAAAAACGUAAAGAAUAUUGCUUUACGCGGCAGAAACGGUAGCAAAGAAGAAUCAUUAAUGGUCAUACUAGUGGAUUAAAGUGCAUCUAAUCUAUACCAUCUUCUUAUCCUUGAACAUUGAACUUGAGUGCAUUGAAGUGAAAAAUCUUAUUUAUUAUCACAGUUUGAUUAGAACUUCUUGUUGAUGACAUUAUUGUAAUUAUAUAAUGACAAGUUAAAUUUUUUAUAUUUAUUCAAUAUAGAAAAACUUCUAUACUAAUAUGUACUGAAAUAAUUAGUUUACCACUGCUCUUUACGAAUUUUUUGACAUCAGACUCUCAACACUUAAGAAAAUGCAAAAUAACAGAAUUCAAUCAAUUAGUCAAAAAUUCUUUCCAAAUUCGUAAUAAAUUUUUAUUAUUUACUUAGUUCUUUGCAUAUUAAUAUAUAAUAGCAUUUGAGUAAAGUAAGUGAAACGCAAUACAAUUUGACUCAUGUAUAUACCUAAAAAGUAAUUAUACUAUUAUACGAUAUUUAAGGAAAUUAAAUCUUUAAAAAAUUGUGAAGCAAACAUAAAAUUGUUGCAACUGCCAUGCUGUGUGCCAUUAACGAGUCAUGUUUAUUGUAAUUUGCAUUUUCAUCAACCUAUUAUCCAAACUCCAUACAUUGUUUAAUAAAACAAUUCAUUCUUUGCACCAUUCAUUGUUAUAUGAGGAUCAUAUCGAUCAAUGCUACAAGAAACAUUCUUGAUGAUUCAAUGAAUCGUUUCAGCAGACUAAAAUUUCAUCACCAGUUUGAAAUUUGAUGUAUAAUCAAUUAUCUACCUAUUUAAAUGAGAUGAUUCUUAUCUCUCAAUUUUCAAAUUAUUGGUCGCACGCCAUGAAAUCAUACUCAUCUGAAUAAGGAUUUCCGAAUGAAAACGCUUCUGCAAGCUGAUUCUUUAUCAAAUUUGCGUAAUCAUGAAAUACUGCGUGAUUCUUUAUAAAUUAACCAUUACCUUCUGGAGUCUGAUCAACCCUUAGAGUCUGGGUGAACUCGUUGAAAGUAUUUGUGAAUUUGAAAUCUGAAAAUUUAUGAGUUCUAGAUAUUAAUGGUUGAUGUAUAAUAAACUACCUGUAUUAGUGAUAUAUUGAUUCGAACAUACGUAAACAGCGAAUUUCAUUUCGACAAUUCUAUAUGUGUACCAUCACACUUAUAUUUUCACUUUACUGGAAAACUCGACAUUAAUCUGACAUGCCUAAUGAACAAUACGAUUGUGGUGGUUCUACUAAAUCUGAUAGGUAAACUGUGCAUGAAAUUCCCUGUCAUGGUUCCUAUGAGCGGUAUAUCACCAAGUCAGAGGAUUUUACAGCAUAUUACAGAAUUACGUACCAUAGUUGGAUCCGAUGUAUGAAAAAAAAAACCUGAAAAAAAGAAAAUGCUAUGAUCGUAAUUCUGAGCACAAUGAAGUAGGGCCUGGCACAAUAAAUUUGGCUGCCGCAUUUAUAGACCUGUUAGAAUUUAGUAGAAAAUAAUAAUGAACAUAAUAUUGUCUAUCAUGGAUGAAAUCUGUCAUAGUAUAAUGAAAAUCUUAUUUCUCGAUGUACCUCUAUAUUAACGGGCUAAUGUAAACCAAUAAACCAUCAUGAUAUGUAUAUACCUAUAAUACAUACAAGGUUCA